AAAACCAAUCGUUUAAAGUGUUGUUUAAAAGGAAGUAUCUGUCAGGCACGUGAACAUGCGGUCACGCUUCGAACCCUAAAAAGAAAAGAAAUAAAAAACCACCAACCGAAGAUAUUUCCCACAGAACAAUCACCGAGUACCUUCGUAUUCAUAUUUCUCGAUACAGCAAUCGAACUCCCCCCGACGUUUCUCUGUUUCUUUUCUUCCGUUCCGUUCCUUUGUUUCCCCCUUAAUUUAAGAAGUUGUAAGAUCGAGAAAUUGAAACUAAGUUGGUUGUUAUGGCUGGUCAAAGAAAUGAUUACGGUAAAAGAUCUCAUUUUCAGCCUGAUUACGCUGGAAAUGGAGGAGGAGGUGUUAAGAGAAGAAAUGCUGGUGAGGAAAAUGAACAACAGCAUGGGAUUGGGCCUGAAGAUACCGUUUACCGUUAUUUAUGUCAUGUGAAAAGGAUUGGGAGUAUUAUAGGAAGAGGUGGUGAGAUUGUGAAACAGUUGAGGUUAGAUAGUAAGUCGAACAUUAGGAUUUGUGAAGCUCUGCCGGGUUGCGAGGAGAGGGUUGUUAUGAUUUAUAGUUCCAGUGAGGAAACAAAUCCAUUUGGUGAUGAGCUUGUUUCGCCUGCUCAGGAUGCUUUGUUUAGGGUACACGAUAGGGUUGUCGCGGAAGAGUUGCCUGCUGAUGAGGAUUUGGAGGAGCAGACACAUGUGGUUACUGUGAGAAUGCUUGUGGCAUCUGACCAGAUUGGUUGUGUUAUUGGGAAAGGUGGACAAGUGAUUCAAAGUAUAAGGAGUGAAACACAUGCUCAGAUUCGGGUUUUAAGCAAUGAGCAUUUACCUCCGUGUGCAUUGACUUCAGAUGAGCUUCUUCAGAUAAUUGGAGAGCCCUCUGUUGUGAGGAAGGCUCUUUAUCAGGUGGCAUCUCGCCUUCAUGAUAACCCUUCAAGAUCCCAGCACUUGCUUCUCUCCUCUCUAUCUAAUAUGAAUCCAUCAGGUGGGAUGUACAUGAAUGCCCCCCUUAUUGGUUCUUAUGGAAAUUAUUCUUCUAGAAGAGAUGAUGGUUCUGCAAGGGAGUUUUCUCUUCGUUUGGUAUGCCCGGUUGGAAAUAUUGGGGGUGUGAUUGGAAAAGGUGGUGGUAUUAUCAAACAGAUUAGACAGGAGUCUGGGGCAUCGAUUAAAGUUGAUAGCUCUGCAGCUGAAGGAGAUGAUUGCAUUAUAUUCAUAUCAACAAAAGAGUUCAUUGAAGACCCAUCCCCUACCAUCAAUGCUGCUUUGCGCUUGCAAUCACGAUGCAGUGAAAAAACAGAAAGAGAAUCAGGUGAUUCUGUAAUCACCACCCGUCUACUUGUUCCAAGUUCACAGGUUGGAUGCCUUAUCGGUAAAGGUGGGGCAAUAAUAUCUGGGAUGAGGAAUGCUACUAGGGCUAGUAUUCGCAUACUUUCUAAGGAAAACCUUCCCAAAGUUGCAUAUGAAGAUGAAGAAAUGGUGCAGAUUACUGGAGGUCUUGAUGUUGCUAGCAAUGCCUUUUCGCAAGUACUGUUGCGGCUGAGAGCCAAUAUAUUUGAAAGAGAAGGAGCAGCAACAACGCUUUUGCCUGUUCUUCCCUACAUUCCCAUGUCAUUAGACAUUUCAGAUGGUCCUAAAUAUGGUAACAAAGAUGGUCAACCGCGUAAUCGUGGAUACUCUUCUUACUCAGGGGGAUACAGCCCUAGUGAUUUGACUGCAAGUGACAGUAAAGGAAAUUAUAGUGGUUCACUUAGUGGAGGUGAUAUAUAUGGAAAUCAUGGUGGUCGCAACUCCAGCCGGGGGUUGUCCAAUCUAAAUCAAGUUUCACAUAGGAAGCAUGGGUAUUAGUCCUGGGUUCUAGACUUGACAGAUGCAGAAUGAUAUCUUAAACCCGGCCAGCCAUCCCCUGCCAAGGAUUCUACUGCACCUUUCCCACUUGUUGCCUUCUCUCCCCUAUCUAAACAGUUGUCGUCAUAAAUCUUGAAGCCAGACCUUUGUCCCUUUUGAUGAAGCCAGCCUAGACCAGAAGACCAGAAAAAUCGGGUUUGAGGAACUUAUGUUCCACUUUGGCUCGCCUUUAUUCCUGUCUUGGGUGACCAGAAUAAGAUCAUUUGAUGAUGCAAAUCACCAUUCAAUCAUUUUUGGCCUGGAUUCAUGAUUUGCAGGCUCUGUAACACAUUUCUAAUAAAUUGCUUUCCAUGUAAAACCCUUACACUUGUAUCCUUGACUUUUGGCAAUUUGGCUGAUGAAGUGAUUUUUUAUGUUUUAUAAUGGAGUCAAGGUAGCAUGUACUUGUUUAGGAUUUUUUUAUGUAUGCAUGUGGCUUGAGAGUUGCACCAGGUAGGAAAGUUUAGAUUGCCAUAAUCCCGAGAGCAAUGUAAUUGUAGCUUAUGUUGGGUGUAAAUGCCAUCAUAUUUGGUUUCUUGAUUAUAUUUUACAUGUAGCUCAAGUGGCUGGUACUUUUCUGGAGUUUGCUGGGAUGUACUGGUCCCAUUUCUUCUCUUGAAGAAGAGAGGCCAUGUUUCUGUUGAACAAAGUGCCUCAAAAAUUAUCCCCUUAAUCGCAUGAUCUAAAAUUUGAACUUGCACAAAAUGAGCUGGAAGUUAUAUAAGGGUUGUAUGAGCUUGUAAAUCACUUAAGGUAAGAAAUAUUUGGUUAGGCUAUGUGUUCAGAUUAGUUUUGGAGGCUGUCCCAGCGAAAAAAGAGAAGGCUUUGGAGGCUGUUUUCUGAAGAGAAAGCUAAAGAGGAAGGCAAAGAAACCUGAAAUGGAAUCAAUUGAAGAAGUGGUUUAUAUCAUUAGCUUCCUCUGGCAUUUGGAGCUGGCAAGCUGUAUGUGGUAACUGGUUUCUCUAUCCCAAUUGCAGUCUGCUAUCAUGCAAUUAUAUCUGUUGUUUUGGGGAAAGGGAGAUUGAAAUUGCUGUGACCAGGCUUAUCUCUAAUUUCUUAAAAGCUACUUUUUAUAGUAUGCAGCCUUGAUCCUUUGAAGAUGAAGCCGUGAGGAAAAAACGAAAGCACAGGCUGAACCGAUCAUUGUAUAAACAAAAUCCCAACAAAAAUAUUUAAUAAAUUCAAGAAAUACUGUACUUAAUCUCAGGUUAAAUA